UUGAAUACAGAAACAAGUGCAACAAAAACAAGAAACGGUAGGUUUGUCCGAGGUUUCUUUGGCAACAUUUUAGUUACUAAAUUAAAAAAAUGCCUCUUCUUAUUGUUUGGCCACCGAAUUGUAAACCACGAGGCGCGUGGCAGAAGAAUACCAAUUGGGUCCAGUGGAUAGGGAUGAAGUCAAAAGAAGGGCUUUUAUCUACAUUUGAUACGAAAGUUUUUGAGGCUUUAUUCAGCUGCUCAGUUUGCAGCCUACAAAAAACCUCCCGAAAAAUAACCUUAGUAAAAAAAAAUCUAAACAGAGGCAACUAUCACGGUUCUAUUUGUUUACCAUUAUUCGAUUGAAUAAUAGUAACGGAGCUCAAGGGAGAUUAAAAUAAAGUAAAACAAAAAAAAAG